AACACCUGGACAGAGGGCCAAAGCUUGCCAUGCCUGAGCUAAAUGAUGUCUUGAGUAGAGUAUUUAAGGCAGGUAUGUUUGAAGCCAAUUGCAUUUAAAUCUCGGUUGCAUUUGGAAAUUGUUUAUGUCCACCACUCUGUAAACCUAACCAUGGGGACAGAUUAUUUGAGGACAUCUUAUUAAAGUCGCCGCUUUGCUCAUCCUUCAUCACUGCUUCCUCCAUCAGCCUGAUCCUAGGAGCCAUGGUGGCAGUUGAACUGCUCACUUGAAAGUUGGGUUGCCGGGCUGAAAGUUGCCAGUUUGAAUCCGCGAGACAGGGUGAGCUCCUGUCUGUCAGCUCUAGCUUGUGGGGACAUGAGAGAAGCUUCCCAGCAAGAUGGUAACACAUCUGGGCGUCUCCUGGGCAACGUCUCUCUAGGUGGCCAAUUCUCUCACACCGGAAAUGACUUGCGGUAUGUUCUCAAGUUGCUUCUAACACAUUUUUUAAAAAGCCUGAUCUUGCUGGAAGAUGUAGUCAACAAACCUCUGCUUCUGGAAACUUGGGUUACUAGAUCUCAAUCUGAGGAGCCGCCGGUGGCACAGCGCUGAGCUGCUGAACUUGCAGACCGAAAGGUCGCAGGUUUGAAUUUGGGGAGUGGAGUGAGCUCCUGCUGUUAGCCCCAGCUUCUGCCAACCUAGCAGUUUGAAAACAUGCAAAUGUGAGAUCAAUAGGUACCGCUCCAGCAGGAAGGUAAUGGCACUCCAUGCAGUCAUGCCGGCCACAUGACUUCGCAGGUGUCUACGGACAACGCCGGCUCUUCGGCUUAGAAAUGGAGAUGACAACCAUCCCCCAGAGUCGGACACGACUGGACUUAAUGUCAGGGUAACACCUUUACCUUUACUAGAUCUCAACUUGAAGAGGGUUCCUGCACUUUUGACGGUUUUGAAUUUCAGCAGGAGCCUUUUCCAUUGCUGCUAAUCAACCAGGCAAUAGAGAGCGAAUGCAAACAGAUGAGCACCCAUCUCAGGGUUAAAACAAGAGAGUUUGGUUAGAAGGGCCCCAAGGGCUUGCUUGCACUACUAUCCAUUCCAGCAGUGUUCCAUGUGGAGGGAAGAGCCAGGAUCUUCAUUCUUCUGGUGGCUCCUCCAUCAGCGCCUCCUUCCUGGGUCCUCCAAGGGGUCUGAGACCUGGGCGAGAAAGUGGAGACAUGGAGGCAAGUUCCCAUCCAUUGGCCAUGGCAGAAGGCUUCCUCUUGAGUCCUGCAGAGGGAGAGGAGCAAGAAGGAAGGCAGAAUCUCUUUUGGUUCCCAAACCUGAACCCAUCCCAUGGUUGGAAGAAAAAGAAGUUCCAUUGAUGGAGGUGUACGAGGAAGUCACAAGACCAGCAGGAGAUGGGAAGGAGAAGAAAAAAGAUGACAAACAGGAAUCUGUAGCAAAACAUAACUCGAGUAAAAACCAUGUCAUUUGCACAGCCCCUCUGCUUCCUCAAAGCCCCUUGCCAAAUAAGCACCAAGCAGGGCAGAGAGAAGUAAGGAAAUUUUCUUUUUCCAAAAGAAAGAAAUCGUUCCAGUGUUCGGAGUGUGGAAAGAGUUUCAGAAAGAAGCCUACCCUUAACGCCCAUAAAAAAAUUCAUACUGGCGGGAAACCCUAUAAGUGCUCCAGAUGUGGGAUGGGCUUCAACCGGAGCAGCAACAUGUUGGCUCACCAAAGAACCCACACCGGCGAGAAAUCCUUUCGGUGCCCCAAAUGCGGGAUCAGCUUUAGCCGGAAGCAGGCCCUUAUCGAUCACGGAAGGAUCCACACUGGGGAAAAGCCGUAUAAAUGCUCGGUUUGCGGGAAGAGCUUCAGCCGGAGAAAUAACUUGGCCUCCCAUCAGAAAAUCCACACUGAGAAGAAGCCCUUUGAGUGCUGCGAAUGUGGGGAAAGCUUCCGGCGGAGCUGUACCCUGACGAAACAUUUCAGGAUCCACACGGGAGAGAAGCCCUACAAGUGCUUGGAGUGCGGGAGGAGCUUCACCCAGAGCAGCACCCUCAUGUAUCACCAGAGGACCCACACGGGGGAGAAGCCAUACCAAUGCUCGGAGUGUGGAAAAAGGUUCGUGCAGAGCAGUAACCUCACUUACCAUAAGGAAACCCACACAUUUAAGCCGUUUGAGUGUCCAGAGUGCAGGAAGAGCUUUGCUCACAGCAGCAGCCUGGCUGACCAUCAGAGGCUGGCCACCUGCAAGAAGCUGUUCAAGUGCCCGGACUGCGGGAAGCACUUCCGCUCGAGGGAAAACUUCGGCUUUCACGUCCAAAUCCAUAUGGAAAGUGUGGCGGUUUGUGGUUAUGUAAAAUAAAAAUAGAUAUGUAAACUGAAA